AUGUCAUUACUUCAUUCAAAGCAUGAGAAAUUUUUCAAUAGAUGUUUGAUUGCAUUACCAUCUCAUGCUGCUUCUGAAGAUUCCAAUAAAUUAGCGAUAAUUUAUUUUUGUUUACAAGGGUUAGAAAUUUUGAAUAAAUUUAAUUUAACAAAAGAAGAAUGUAAAUAUCACGAAGAAUUUAUAUGGAGUCAAUUCUAUUUAGAACAUGACGACUUUGCAACAUUUAGAUCAACUUCAUACUACAAAGAUACUGGGGCAUAUGAUUUUGGUAACCUAUCGGCCUGUUUCUUUGCUAUUGCAAGUCUAAUCACCUUAAAUUCAAAUCUUGAAAAAUUACAUAAGAAUAAGUUAAUGAAAUAUUUACAAAACUGUCAAAUUAAGGAUGGUAUAAACAAAGGAGGAUUUGUGCCGUCUUAUGAAGUAAACUUUGGUGAAUCAGAUUUAAGACAAUGUUACAUGGCUUUACUUAUUCGGCAAAUUUUGUUGGAAAAAGAAAAUAAGUUAGAAAAUGAUAUAGAUUUAGAAUCAUUACAACUGUUUAUAUUAGACAGGUUGAAUGUAAAUGGUGGAUUCAGCUCUACAAUAAUGGAUGAACCUCAUUUGGGAUUUACAUUUUGUGCCAUAGCGUCUUUGAAGUUGCUCAAAUACCCCUUGCUAGAAUUAGAAAAGACUAAAGAAUGGUUAAUUCAUAGACAAACUUCAUAUCCUUCAAUACUACAUAAUCAAUUUAAUUAUGAAUAUCACAAACAAGAAGAUAUCGGUGGAUUUAAUGGUAGAGAAAACAAACUAAGUGAUACUUGUUAUUCUUGGUGGUGUACUGGGAGUUUAGCGUUAAUUGAUUCUAAAAACCUAAUAUAUUUUGAUACCCAAACGGCUGAAGAAUUUUUGUUGAAUAAAACGCAAAAUUCUUUACUUGGUGGUUUUAGUCCCCGACCUUUUGGUACACCAGAUCCAAUGCAUUCAUUCUUAGCAUUAGCAAGUUUAUCACUUUGGAACAAUCAAAAAUAUCAAUUAAAUGAAAUAAAUAUGUUAUAUGUAAUUUGUAAGAAAAAUAUAUCAACUAUUUAG